UACGCGUAACUUCCGUCUCUUCUCCCUCUUUCAAGUCUGUGCGUGGCGUGAGACUACAAGCCAAAAUGAGCAAGGUCUCAAGAGACACACUAUAUGAAGCGGUCCGUGAGGUCCAGUCUGGCUCUCAGACCAAGCCCAAAAAGUUUUUGGAAACUGUGGAGCUCCAGAUUAGCUUGAAGAACUACGACCCUCAGAAGGAUAAGCGUUUCUCUGGCACAGUCAGGCUGAAGACCACACCACGCCCCAAGUUCUCUGUGUGUGUCCUUGGUGACCAGCAGCAUUGUGAUGAGGCUAAGGCAGCAGAUAUGCCUCACAUGGACAUUGAGGCCCUGAAGAAGCUCAACAAGAACAAGAAAAUGGUGAAGAAGCUUGCCAAGAAGUAUGAUGCCUUCCUGGCCUCAGAGUCGCUGAUUAAACAGAUCCCACGUAUCCUGGGACCCGGGCUGAACAAGGCUGGCAAGUUCCCCUCUCUGCUCACCCACAACGAGAACCUCCUCACCAAGGUUGAUGAGGUCAAGUCCACGAUCAAGUUCCAGAUGAAGAAGGUGCUGUGUCUGGCAGUGGCUGUGGGCCAUGUUAAGAUGACUGAGGACGAGCUGGUCUACAACAUUCACCUGGCCGUGAACUUCCUGGUGUCUCUGCUGAAAAAGAACUGGCAGAACGUGCGGGCGCUCUACAUCAAGAGCACCAUGGGCAAGCCCCAGCGCCUCUACUAGAUGGAGCUCUGGCUCCUGCAACUUUUCUACAAAUAAAAAAAAAUGUGGGAAAAUCCAAA